AUGAUCUUCCGGAAGGAUGUUUUGACAGUGUACAACCCGGGAACUGAGGAUGUUGCCUACGGAUAUGACAGCGUCCUGCAGUUGAGUACUCAGCAAGCUAAGAACAACGCUGAUUCGUUUGCCUACUAUGCUUCAGCCGCGUUUUUGAAGUGCGAUGCCGACGGCAAUAGCUCUGGUGGUGGCUCUAGUCCUGGUGCUGGCGGUCCUUCCGGUGCUGGCGGUCCUUCCGGUGCUGGCGGUCCUUCCGGUGCUGGCGGUCCUUCCGGUGCUGGCGGUCCUUCCGGUGCUGGUGGUCCUUCCGGUGCUGGUGGUCCUUCCGGUGCUGGUGGUCCUUCCGGUGCUGGUGGUCCUUCCGGCGCUGGUGGUCCUAGCUGGGGUGCCGGUGGUCCUUCUUCAGGCGGUCCCAGCUCUGGCAAUGAUGGACCCGGAAUGGGCGAUAGUAACACCACCCCCAACUUGCCAUUUGGACAAGGAAAUAACGAUGGUUCUGAAGGUUCCGACUUUAACACUGGCUCCUUCCCUACUGGCAACUUUCCCUCCGGUCCAAGUGGUAACAACGGCAACUUCGGGCCAGUGGGAGGUCAGAACCAGGGCCAGUUCCCGGGUCAGGACUUCGGUCAAAGUUCCCCUCAGGGCCAGUUCCCCGGUCAGAACUUCGGCCAAAGCCCCUCUCAAGACCAGCAGUCCGACCAACCUCAGGAGUUCGAUCAGGCUCCUCCUACUCCUUCCGGAAAUAAUGGAGAUAUCGGCAAUGGCUGGUCUCCGCUUGGCCCUUCAGCUGAAAUAGCCAAAGGCGUUCCAGUCGAGCUUCCUGGGGAAUGGCGUGGGAACUAA